AUGGCUGAUCCAUUUUCUGUGACUGGGAGUGCAGUAGGCGUCAUAUCACUUGGCCUCACUGUUUGCCAGGGACUGAUUGCUUACUACGGGAAAUUCAAAGCAUUCCACGAGCAAAUCGACGAGGUGACAGAUCAAAUGGCCGCAUUAGAGAGCAUUUUGAAGGUGCUACAGCAUGUGCUGAUUAAUGCGAGUGUAUUGUCCACGUGUGAAACAGCUCCGUCUGCGGCUGCGGCAAUUGAUUCUAUUUUAAAAUGCCACGAAGGUCUCAACAAAUUGGGAAGGAUGCUUGAAAAGUGCGAUGCGACGAAGUCAGCACGCAGCUCAACUGGUCAUAACAAACAAAUCAGUCGGCUUUUAUAUCCCUUCAGAGGCGAGACACUCAUGGCACUUACGGAAACAAUGAGCUGUCUACAGGCUAACCUCAACACUUCACUUCAAGUUUUGAACAUGUAA